GCUCUCCCGACGGGCCGCGUCCCAUUCGGCGCCGCGAUGCCUCCCGAUGCCAGGCUGCCAUGACCCGGCUCCGGAGCGUACUCCUUCCGCUGCUCCUGGCCGCCUCCGUGGCGCGGGCAGCCGCCUCCCGCUGCCCCGUCGACCAGGACCGCUGGGACGCCAGCAACAAGGCCCUCACCGCCGCCGUCGUCUUCCAGGGACGUCUCCUGGCCAAGUCCGUCGACGCGGCCGGGAACCUGCUCGCGCGGUUCCGGGUGCAGAAGGUGCUCAAGCCCGGGGCGCUGCCUCUCCGCCGUCGCCAGGAGGUUGUGGUCGCGCUGGUGAAGAGCAGGCCCCCCAGGGACCCGUCGGCGCACGUGAACAGGUCGGCGGCGGCGGCGCGCCGCGCCCGGACGCAGGGGUCGGGCCUGGGCCCCCGGAGACGGACUUUGUGUCCCGUGUCGGUGCCCCAAGGAUUCGUGUUCAACGCGCGCUACUUGGUGUACGCGAACCCGGUCGCCGGACGCGCCGCCCGCAGGUUGCUCCUGCCGGCGGCGGCAAACUUUUCGGCCGCCGCAACGCCCGACCACUACACUCGCCGGGCCGGGCGCGCCGUCAAGAAGGUUGUCUGCGAAGGCUGCGUGUUGAAGCCUGCGCAGGCCAAGUGGUUGCGGUCCACGUCCCGCGCGGACGCGUACCGACGACUCCAGCUACGCUGCAAGCUCAACGGGAAUCCGAUUCCCUGGGUCCAGUGGUACUUCAUGGGCAAGCCCAUCGCAUCUAAUGCCAGGGUGCACAUCAUCACCAAAUGGCGGCGGUCUCGGCUGGAGAUCAAGAGCGCGCGAAGGCAGGACUCCGGCCUGUACGAGUGCCGGGCCUGGAAUGUGCUUCGCAAGGAGCCCUCCGUAGUCGCCGUCAACGUCACGGUGCGGGACCGAAUCCCGCCGCCCCCGACGCCGCCGGAGCCCACGAGGUCGACGGCUUCCACAACCACCAAUGACUCUACACUAUGGCCCUUGAAAGGACGGCCCUGUCCGCUGGUCUCCUACUGCCUCAACGGAGGGACCUGCAUCUUUUACGAGGCCGUCAAGGAACCCGUCUGCCAAUGUGCAGAAGGGUUUAUUGGGCAGCGUUGUGAAAACAAGGAUACGGCGUCAUUGAAAACAGCGCCCCCUGAAUUCGAUACGACGAUCCAAAUGAUGCAGUCCUACUGGAUCCGAUAGGCGUCAACAGCUCUAGAGACUAUUUAUAGGAGACGAUAUGUGUACAUAGCCUAUUUAAAAGACACUGGAGAACGACAGCCAACGAAAAAUCAAAACGCUUCGAAACGAACAGACACGGAAGCGCUGAUUGAACUGUGAAUGCCGUCUUCGAGGAUGGAGAGUCAUGCUUACAUAGUAUUUGUGGCCAUCCUGGGGAUGCUGUUCCUCCUGGAAAACUGCCUCCUAGUUUCCUGGAUUGCCA